AAAUCUCACAAAUGAACUCGAAAAAUCUAAUUCACUCGAGCUAGAUAUCACGGCAAAUAAACCUUUUACGAUAAAAGAAUUCCCAGUAGGUUGGAGCCGCACGACGGCUGGUGUCAUCGUUGAGUCACAAUUCACGUCCAAAACAGGCCUGUUUUCCGGCUGACGCAAAAUCCAGUCAUACCCACCAACACUAACAGAAACCGUCUUCCACUCUCCAAAGACGACAACUUUUCUAGUUUAGCCGCUUAUUAUUUAAUUGGGUCCCUCCUCAAAUCAAUUAUAAACGCCUCUCCGAUCAUUACCUUACUCAUUACCACCAAAUUUCAACACAGUAGAAUUAUGAUUAACUCUCAACCACUCACUUUCUAGACAAAACAAAACAGCCCCCAUUUUUCUUUUCUUGAAAAAAAUGGAAAACGAACCUUUUCUCGCCAACCAAACAAGAACCCAGUCCCAAUUACAAUCUUUUCUUGACCAUCAUGACCUUUCUUUCACUCUCUCCCCGUCUCUUUCUUCUCCAAUCAUCUUCUCAGAAAUCCAAGAAAACCAACAACAGCCCACUUCCAUGUUCGGAGCUCCGGUCACCCACAAAAAGAAACCGGGAACUCUCCACCGGUCAAGAACAGCUCCGGCCAUGAUAGUCAUGCGUGACUUGAAACCCUUACCUCAAGACCCUAAACCAAUGUCUGAGUCUAGCUCAAUUAUAAGGCAAGCCAUUUUUUUGCUUUCUUUAUAUUUGCUACUCGGGGUGGUAAUUUACUCUUUUAAUAGAGAUAAUUUCUCGGGUAUUGAGACCCACCCGGUUGUGGAUGCUCUGUAUUUUUGUAUAGUGACUAUGUGUACUAUUGGUUAUGGUGAUAUUGCUCCAUUGACAGCAGGAACUAAAGUCUUUGCUUGUGUCUUUGUGUUGGUAGGUUUCGGAUUUAUUGAUAUUUUACUUAGUGGGCUUGUUAAUUAUGUUCUUGAUUUGCAAGAGAAUAUGAUUUUAGCUGGGAUUCAAAUGGGGAAAACCCAUGGGGGAUUUUCUGCUAGGAAUUAUAUAAUUGAUGUUGAGAAGGGGAGGAUGAGGAUUAGGUUGAAAGUUGGGUUGGCACUUGGGGUUGUGGUUUUGAGUAUUGGAGUUGGGACUUUGGUUCUUUAUUAUUUGGAGGAUUUGGAUUGGGUUGAUUCUGUUUAUUUGGCCGUUAUGUCGGUGACUACGGUUGGGUAUGGCGAUCGAGCGUUUAAGACUCUGCCCGGGCGGCUGUUUGCUGCGAUAUGGCUGUUGUUUUCGACGUUGGCUGUGGCCAGGGCGUUUCUUUAUUUGGCUGAAGCUAGAAUUGAUAAGAGGCAUAGGAGGAUUACGAAAUGGGUGUUGCAUAGAGAUAUUACUGUGGAGGAUUUGCUUGCUGCUGAUAUCAAUAACAAUGGUUUUGUUAGCAAAUCAGAAUAUGUAAUCUACAAGCUGAAAGAGAUGGGAAAGAUUGGGGAGAAAGAUAUAAUGCAGAUAUGCAAUCAAUUCAGCAAGCUUGAUCCCAACAACUUGGGAAAGAUAACUCUGCCUGAUCUCUUGGGGAAUCGAUUAUGACAAAUGAUAACACAUCUGCUUGAAGUAGGAUAAUACGAAGUAAGAACAGGAAUAGUGAAGUAGCAUACAUUUGUUCAGAAAAUUCUUGGAAAUACAAUUGCAUACAUUUGCAGUCAUAUCUAGCAAAUCAGAGAUGGCAGCAGAACACGAGACAUUGCAGUUACAACUGUACAGCGCACUUCUUACAACAUCAUCUCCACAAGAAUCGUCCCCUGCUCGGUCUCCUCUGCUCUUCAGAUUGUACGAUAACGCAUGAUCAUGAACUGAAGCUGGAGAAUUUCGGAAUGAAGAUGCAAUGUAGAGGAUAAUUCUCAUUUGUACAAAAUUACUGGACAAGAAAGACAGUCAUUUGUGUUGUAAUUAUGUUGACUGGUCCAUGAAACAUUUAGACAAUCUGCUUAUUUGCUCGAUUAGCAGCCUAAAAAUAAAUUAAAAGAGAAGCCUCCCACGAUUGCCAAAA